CCAAAGCCCCUGCCAGUGUUAGAGGGUCGUCCAUUGGCACACUUACACCCAUCCUCUCGCACGACAGGCCUGACAACCACUUUUGAUCUACCCAACAAAACCUCCAGCUACCAAUUUUGAUCUACCCAGGCAAAACCUACCACCUUCGUCUACCCAAACCAAACCUACCAUUGACGAUCAGCUACAACCUAGAGCCCAAGACAGCCCAUCACCUCGAGAGCCAGUAUUACACCAGCAUCAUCAUCAUGUUUGUCCGAACCCACUGGCCCAGCUCUGCCGAUGAGAACAGGCGCCCAGAGUCCCAAGAUAGCAGCCUGCAACCCCAAAACAACAACCGGCCGACCCUCGUCAGAUCCCAGUCGACCCAGACCACAACUCAGCCGCCUCAGACUACCGCAACUCGGUCGACCCAGACCACAACUCAGCCGCCUCAGACCACCGCAACUCGGUCGACCCAGACCACAACUCAGCCGCCUCAGACCACCACAACUCAGCCGACGCAGAUCAGGGCCUAUCAACCCCAUGUCAUCCACCAGCAGCUCCCGAGCAUCGACGAGAUGUUGCAUUCGAGCUUUGGAGAGCACUCCGGGAUAGAUGGUGGCCCGGCCUACCUGGUGCGACGCCCGGCCCAACGCAUUGUCCUGACCGAGAGUCAGAGAACGCCCAUGUCGGUAGUCGAGCAGGCCCGGGCCUUCUAGAUCAUGGCCAGCGAGCCGGUCUUGGAGUUCAUCGACAGGGCCCGCUAUCUCAACUGCUACAUCCGCGACGAGUUUACGCGCUUCACCCUAUUCUGGAGCGUCUUCGAUAGCCUGAUGAGCAUCACUCCAGACCUACCGAACAACGCCUACGUGAGGAGCCUAUUCAUCAGCCAGAGAGUGAUGAAGCCGAACGGCGAUGAGGCCAGUGUCAUUCCGUCCUAUGUCCCAUUUGACUUCCUCAUGGGCGUCUUGGCGGUUGCGGCGGAGGAGCCCUGAGCAUCUGCAAGUCGAGCCUGGCGAAGGGAAUAUAAGCAAGAGAAUCUGGCACUGCCACCAUGGCUCCGGGGCAAUGAUACGGAGCCGCAUCUGACGAAGAGGGGGGGAGCACCGCUAUGCGAGUUGCACGCUGCCUGUAGCCUUGGGUGUUGCUGCUGCCUUGUUGUCCGGAACACUCUGUUGACUGUUUUUUUUUGGGGCACUUUCUUUCUUUUUGUUCUUGAAGAUACCAGAACACCUCCCAAGCACCUAGGCACCUACACAUCCUACACAACUAGCCUUACAGACUUAGAUACUAGAAUGUAGAAUAGUGAAAAGCAUCAGACAUUUCCAACUUUUAUCAGUCAUUUUAUC